CGAACUGGGGUUUCUAGUCCCUCCCGGCUUUCCGUUCUUCCAGGCCCGGCUGACUGAGAUACCCGAGGCCGCCAUAUUGAAUAAGAAACCUGGCGUCUGAAGGUUUCGGCGGGGUGUAGACAAUUCUGCAGGGCAGCCUCGGCGGCUCCAGGGAGAAGCAAUAUGUUAAGGAUACCUGUAAGAAGGGCCUUAGUGAGCCUUUCUAAGUCUCCUAAAGGAUGUGUUCGAGCAACUGCCACAGCAGCAAGCAACUUGAUUGAAGUAUUUGUUGAUGGUCAGUCUGUCAUGGUGGAACCAGGAACUACCAUCCUCCAAGCUUGUGAGAAGGUUGGCAUGCAGAUCCCUCGAUUCUGUUAUCAUGAAAGGUUGUCUGUUGCUGGAAACUGCAGGAUGUGCCUUGUUGAAAUUGAGAAAGCUCCUAAGGUUGUAGCUGCUUGUGCCAUGCCAGUAAUGAAAGGUUGGAACAUCCUGACAAACUCAGAGAAAACUAAGAAAGCCAGGGAAGGUGUGAUGGAGUUCUUACUAGCAAAUCACCCACUGGAUUGUCCUAUUUGUGACCAGGGAGGUGAAUGUGAUCUGCAGGAUCAGUCCAUGAUGUUUGGAAGUGAUAGGAGCCGGUUUUUAGAGGGGAAACGUGCUGUGGAGGACAAGAACAUUGGGCCAUUGGUAAAAACCAUUAUGACUAGAUGUAUACAGUGUACUCGGUGCAUCAGGUUUGCAAGUGAGAUUGCAGGAGUAGAUGAUCUGGGAACAACAGGCAGAGGAAAUGAUAUGCAAGUUGGCACAUACAUUGAAAAAAUGUUCAUGUCUGAACUUUCUGGGAAUAUCAUUGACAUCUGCCCUGUAGGUGCCCUGACCUCUAAGCCCUAUGCCUUUACUGCUCGGCCUUGGGAAACAAGAAAGACAGAAUCCAUUGAUGUAAUGGAUGCAGUUGGAAGUAAUAUUGUGGUCAGCACAAGAACCGGAGAGGUAAUGAGGAUUUUGCCAAGGAUGCAUGAGGACAUCAAUGAAGAGUGGAUCUCUGAUAAAACCAGAUUCGCCUAUGAUGGGCUAAAACGUCAAAGACUUACCGAGCCGAUGGUCAGAAAUGAAAAGGGGCUUUUAACAUACACCACCUGGGAGGACGCACUCUCGCGUGUAGCUGGAAUGUUGCAGAGUUUUCAAGGCAACGAUGUGGCAGCAAUUGCAGGUGGCUUGGUGGAUGCUGAAGCCCUAGUAGCACUCAAAGAUUUACUUAAUAGAGUGGACUCUGACACCCUAUGCACUGAAGAGGUCUUCCCCACCACAGGAGCUGGCACAGAUCUACGUUCCAAUUAUCUUCUUAAUACUACAAUUGCCGGUGUGGAAGAGACAGAUGUUGUCCUCCUGGUUGGUACAAAUCCACGUUUUGAGGCACCACUAUUUAAUGCUAGAAUUCGAAAGAGCUGGCUUCAUAAUGACUUAAAAGUGGCCCUUAUAGGCAGCCCUGUUGAUCUCACUUACAGCUAUGACCAUCUGGGAGAUUCUCCCAAAAUUCUUCAAGACAUUGCUUCGGGCAGCCAUCCUUUCAGCCAGGUCCUAAAGGAAGCUAAAAAACCAAUGGUGGUUUUAGGCAGUUCUGCACUCCAAAGAAAUGAUGGGGCAGCAAUUCUUGCAGCUGUUUCCAACAUUGCUCAAAAGAUUCGGAUGAGUAGUGGUGUUACUGGUGAUUGGAAAGUUAUGAAUAUCCUUCAUAGGAUUGCAAGCCAAGUAGCUGCUUUGGACCUUGGCUAUAAACCUGGGGUGGAAGCAAUUCGGAAGAACCCUCCCAAAGUGCUGUUUCUCCUGGGAGCAGAUGGAGGUUGUAUUACUCGACAGGAUUUGCCAAAGGAUUGUUUCAUUAUUUAUCAAGGACAUCAUGGUGAUGUUGGAGCUCCUAUAGCGGAUGUUAUUCUCCCCGGUGCUGCUUACACAGAGAAGUCUGCUACUUAUGUCAAUACUGAGGGCCGAGCUCAGCAGACUAAAGUAGCAGUGACACCUCCUGGCUUGGCAAGAGAAGACUGGAAAAUUAUAAGAGCGCUUUCUGAGAUUGCAGGUAUGACUCUUCCAUAUGAUACUCUGGAUCAAGUAAGGAACAGAUUGGAAGAAGUCUCUCCUAAUCUUGUUCGAUAUGAUGAUGUCGAAGGAGCUAAUUAUUUCCAGCAAGCAAAUGAGCUUUCCAAGCUAGUGAACCAGCAGCUUCUUGCUGAUCCACUUGUUCCACCUCAGCUAACGAUAAGAGACUUCUACAUGACAGAUUCAAUUAGCAGAGCCUCACAGACAAUGGCUAAAUGUGUCAAAGCUGUCACAGAGGGUGCCCAUGCAGUAGAGGAACCAACCAUAUGCUGAAACAUCUACUAGCACCCACACUGUUGCUGACCUCAAGGGGGCAAACACUUUCAGUUUUGUGUUUCGCACAGUACUCUUCAGUGAAUGAGUGUAGAUUUCAUAGGAUUCUUGGUGAGGGAAUAUUGCAUUCAAAUGGAGAAAAGGUGAUAUAUAACUAAGAUGGUCCAGGAUCCUAGGACUGCCAUCUAGGCAGCAUGUGUUGAACUUGGAAUUCUGUAAAGAAUACCUUGUUUGGGCUAAGUAGUACUCAAUAAAAUUUGUUGGUUUUUACAUAAAGUAAACAUGAAAGUCUGUCCCAUGGGCACCUAUUAGUCACUUAAUGCUAAAUAUUAAGGUUAUUGUGACCAUAAGCAUUGAUGAUGGUUGCAAAACUUUCUGAAGAAGAGAGCCAGAUAGAAGAAAAAUACAUAUAGAUGAGAAGAAUAACAGCUGAUGGAAUUUUGAUUCUAAGCAACGAGGGAGUCAACAUGAGAAAUCUACAGAGGAUCAAGGCCAAGUCCUUUUAGGUGAAGACGGCAGUCUGGAAAGACCCUGGAAUAAUAAAUAAUACCAUUUAGAAAAGACUAAAUGGCACUAAUAUGUGCCAUUAAAGCUUUAAGUACAUUGUGUCUAAUUUUCACAAAACCCUGCUAACAUUCGGUAUUAAGACCCAAGAAAUAUCAAAUAACUCACCCAUUGUUACCCAGUUAAAGACUAAAGGCAAGAAUGUUUAAUUAGAGAUAUUUUUUACUGUCCCAUUUUGCCUCAAAAAACCUUGUGGACCACUAUAAGAAUUGAAUAGAUAUACAGGAAAAAUUUUAAAGCCUAAACUUCAUACAGAAUACCCCCCAAAUUUAUUGUGAAUUGUAGUAAAAUGAAUACAUCAAUAAAAAGUAUUAUACCUUAUUAACAAUACUCAGUAUACAAUAAUUUAUUAUUGUUUGGUGCUGAGUUGUUUAAACACUGUUUCUUGCCAGGUCAGAAGGAUCUUGUUCAACUUUGGAAAUAUUACUUGGAAAAAUUUAACGAUUUCUUCAUCUGUAAAAUGAGGAUAAAUGUUCUAAUAAUUGUACCUACUUCCAACCUUAUAGGGUUGUUAUGAGGAGCAAGUCAGAAAGCCUCUAAAACUUUCUUGGCCUAUUUCCUGACACAUAGUGAAUGCUCAAUGUGCUUAGGGACUGAGAACCAUCAUUAUAGGAAAAUGUGUAUUCAGAACUUUGCUGGAUGUUUCAGGAGGUUGCAGCUAACCAUCCAUGGGAGCCCUUGAAGUCCCCCUUCUAAGUGAAUUGAGUAAAAAACUCAAUUCCAUUGAUUGUGAGGGAAAGUCAUGCCUAAUAUAACCUGUAGCUGCUGUUUUCCUAAAGAAAUGGAUUUCUUUCCUAAGACUCGACAAUUAAAUGACUUGUCCAAGGUCAACCCAAGUAACAGAAUACUGCUACUACAAACUGUCCACCAGCGUUGUGAAGAUUAACUUAUUAUGCAGAGCUCUGCAUAUUUUGAUGGAAUUUUUACUAGUCACAGUAAGAUUUACUGAGUCUGUUGGAUUCUAACCCUUAAAAGAGACUACUUCUGAAAGCAAAAACAAAAGGCAGUGCAAUCAGAAGAGGGAAAACUAUAUGCUGGUGAUAGAAAGGGUACUGAAGGAGGGUAAGAGCUAUUGAUGUGCAUAAAAGGGGACAGGUGAAUUCUUACGCCAACAUGAACCUUUAGCUAAUAUAAACUGUCAGCUUUAUUGUUGCCAAAACAAAUUACCCCACCACGAUUCAAGCUCCCACGGGGAGAGGAACUAAAGCAGCUUAGCAACAAAAGCAGUGGUAAGAGAUGGUUUUUUUUUUUUAAUGUUAACAAUGUCAUUCAUGACCACUGUUAAAAUGUCACUAGCAAAGUGAUUACAAACCCCUGUUACCAAAGGCCCAGUGUGGCUGGGGAAUAGUUCAAGCAGAAAUAAAUGACACGCAUGAGUAUGACAAUUUUUUAGACAUUUUUUUAAGGUUAAUCUUACCUUAGCAUAGCUAGACCUUAGGUUUGUGAUUGACCCAACUUUGGGGAACAAGUACACGUGAAAAAAAUGAACCUUGAUAAAGACAUUUCGGAACCAAAAAAGUGUGUGUGUAUACAUAUAUGGC